CAUUUUGGUGUUGUCUGAUGAAUAAGUUGGCUAUAGAAAAAUUUUCUCGCGAAAUUGCGAGUUGUGUGUGAAAAAUAAAAUAAAUUUUCAAGCAGUGAAGAGUGUAUAUUGGUGAUAAAAUUGUACAUAAACGUACAAAAGAGUGUGUCCACUUGAUGUUUUCCAUUGGAUUAUACUGUGUAUUGCACCCAGAGUACAUCGAAAUUUGUGAAAAAUCAGUGAAAUAAUGAGUCGCCAUGAAGGUGUCAGUUGUGACUCGUGCCUGAAAAGCAAUUUCCGUGGUCGUCGCUACAAAUGUCUCAUCUGCUACGACUACGAUCUAUGCGCCAAUUGCUAUGAAGAGAAUGCCACUAGCACUCGACACUCAGCUGAUCAUCCCAUGCAGUGCAUCCUCACACGGACAGACUUUGAGUUAUAUUAUGGGGGUGAGGUGCUCAGUCCAGAGCAGCCUCAGAGUUUCACAUGUCCGUACUGCAAGCGCAUGGGAUUGAGUGAUGUUGCGCUGGUGGAGCAUGUGGGUGCUGAACAUACAGAUACGGGAUUGGAAAUUGUGUGUCCAGUGUGUGCAGCGAUUCCCGGUGGAGAGCCAAAUCUCGUCACUGACGACUUUGCUGGACAUCUAACACUUGAGCACCGUACCGGCCAUCGCGAUCUCAUCGCAUUUCUCGAUGAACCGUCUGCCAUUCGUCACGGUGGCGUCAGGCGAAUUCCGCAUUCGGGGCGGGCUAUCAAUGGGCCCCGUUCUCGACGCGCCAACAUGCACUUCAAUUCAUCUGGUGGUCUGUCAGCCAUGUCACCAUCCGGACGUGAGUCUGUGGAUCCCAUUGCUGAACUUCUGUCGCAACUGUCGGGAGUCCGACGGGCACCUCAGACAUCACAGCUUCAUCAGCUGCAGAUGCAGAUUCAGCUCGAGAGGCAACAAGUCUCCGCGGCUCGUGCUCACUUGGAGCGUCUUCCGCGGCGUCAAGCACAUCCAGUGAUCUCUUCUUCAAGCGCCACGAGUUCUAAUGGAUUGACGUCUUCAGGAGCGGGGGCUUCCUCGUCGUCACAGCAGCAGCAAUCGCAGGCGGGUAUUUCUGUGGCCACACUUAAUGGUCGCGAUGCACCGCUGGCCACGGCAUCACAACUUCAGAUGACAGCUUCUGCGGCUGGUUCGGCUGCAGUUCAAGUGGCGGGACAAUCCCAGUUUCUUCUGGCACGCUUCAUGACGCCCACACUCGAGGAGGCUGAACAGGCUGUCCUGGAGCGCGAUAGGGCUGACAGAUCCCAGUUUGUUCAGGCACUGAUGCUGUCCACACUGGCCAAUCUGGAAGCGUUUAAGGUGGCCGAGAGGACAGAAGAGCCGAUGGUGAGCGUGACAGAGCCGCCAGAGGAUACGACACUCAGGUCAACCACAACAACAACAACACAGGAGGAUGAGAGGAAGUGCGAAGUGCGUGAGGAGAGUGUGACGGAGCAGCCACAGAAUCGUGGUGUGCUGUCGACGAAACCAAAAACAGCUAAAAGUGUGCCACAAAGUCUGAGUGCGGCGCAACGGGGCCGGCAAGCCAUUCCCGGUAAGUCGCGCGAGAUCAAGACGAGUACGUCAACCGUGUCAUCAAAGGAAGUCACCCCAGAUUCUACUAGGUAGUGGUGUAUGGGCAGAAAUUGUAGGCACUGCAACUAUUCAAAUUGCUGCGCAGAACACCACAAGAAUUACGCAAAACUAUCAACUAUCAAAUAAAUUUACCUAACAAUUACGAUUAAUUGAAGUAUAAUUGAUAAAAAAAAAUGGAAAUAUGAAAGGAGAGAAAGAAAAAAAAAAACAAUGAGACGAUAUGGAGGAUAUAUUCGAGAUUAGAAUUCUUACUAGGACAUCUGUCGAUAUAAAGAAAAAAAAACAAAAAUCUGUAAAUGAUAUAUUUGUCGCCCUGCAAGGUAAAAUCCAUCCGUUCACCGAGUUUUUUUUUUAAUUUCUAUUUUAAUCGAAAUCACAUUUUUUACUAUCUUUUUUUUUAUUAGUGAGAUACACAAAAUUUUUCAUUAAAUACUUUAUGUAUAUCUUUGAAACAUUAUAGAAAAAUGCUACUUUUCCUUGGGAAA